AUGUCACAGUCAUCCUCACCAGCACUAACCACCACAACUGCAGUACCUACAUCACAGCAACAACAAAAACAAAAACAACAGCAGGACCAAAAGCAGCAGCAACAACAACAACAUCUAUCACUGCAUCUACAUCUAUAUCAACAACAACAACGACAACAGCAGCAGUCGCUACAAACGUCUGACAAGUUUGUUCCAAUUAGUCUAAACAGCAAAAGUCAGCCAAUAUCGCAAUUGCAACACCAGCCACUGGUACCUCAACCAACCACCACCACCACUACAUCUGCUAAUACGUCAACUCCUCCUAAUCAAAUGUCGAAGUUAGAUCCUCCUUUAACAACUACAAAAGCAUUACCUUCACCCUCCAACCACACUUCAGCUGUUGGUGAUAACGAUGUAAAUAGACAACAAUCACUUUCACCUACAUUUGGCCUCAAGUCACUGGAGCAUUCUAGAAGACACAUCCCUCGAGAUAUUCUGAUAUACUAUGACCCUAAUAAUGAGCAAAUAUCGCAACAAUGUUCACCUUUUUCCACUCCCAAACGAUUUUCAUAUGACCAAUUGCAUCAAAAAAAUAGUCACCACCAUCAACAACAAGACAACAACGUAUCUCGAGAUAUUGAUAAGGAGGCCAUCUCUCCUCGUCAGCUAUCAUCAGGAAAUGCUUACGAUAAUGAAGUCAUGAAUAAAUUACAUGCCAAACUAGAAAAGACUAAUGACAGCACUACCAACCAUCCCAUAUUUAGACUCCGGUCUCCGCAUCAACAACCACCUUCAGCAUUAUCACAUGUGCAAUCACUGCUUGUAUCACCCCUGCAUUCUCAAGUAAACUUUAAUAUCAAUUCCAGACCCACGACACCGUCUGGAUAUAAUUCACCGGUCAAAGAAACCAAGCAUGUAUUAUUAGAGUACGACCCCAUGACGAAACGAAAAGUGCUCAAUACUUACGAGAUACUUAAAGAGAUUGGAAAAGGUGAACACGGUAAAGUCAAAUUGGCUAAAGAUUUAAUCAAUAAGGAAUUGGUUGCUAUCAAGAUUGUCAAUCGAAAAUCGAAAAAGGAAAGACCGUCAUUGAGGAUAAGAAAUAAUAAUAAUGGUAAAAGUAGUAGUAUCAGUGAACACGAAUUGAAAAUCAAGCGAGAGAUUGCUAUUAUGAAGAAAUGUCGUCACAAGCAUAUUGUCUCGUUGAAAGAAGUUUUGGAUGACACCAGCUCGUUCAAGAUUUACCUAGUAUUGGAAUACAUGGAAAAGGGUGAAAUCAAAUGGAAAAGGCUUCACCAGGAUUUGUAUCAAGGUAAAGGUCAACUGGAGAAUGAUUCGAGUGAUCUGGAAAUACCAUGUUGCGGCAGAAAUGGUGGUGGGCCUCGACAACCCCAUCAUCGCUUUGCUAGUGAAGAUGAUUUACUUUCCAAUGAAUUUAGUCCUAAUUUGAAUUUUAGACAAUCGAGAAAAAUAUUUCGAGAUGUCUUAUUAGGAUUAGAGUACCUUCAUAUGCAAGGAAUUGUUCAUCGCGAUAUCAAACCAGCAAAUUUGUUAGUAUCGUCGGACAAUGUCGUCAAGAUUAGUGAUUUUGGUGUUUCAAUUGCCUCCUCAUUAAUCGAAGAAGAUCUGGGUAUUUUGGUUAAUGAAUUGGAUUUAGCCAAGACUGCUGGUACUCCUGCCUUUUUUGCUCCUGAAUUAUGUCAGCUCGAUGGUGAAGAUGAUGGCGAAGAUGACAUUGAUUCGACUUCUUAUCCAAAGUCGCCCAAAAUUGACUACAAAAUUGAUAUUUGGGCCCUUGGUGUUACAUUGUACUGUUUGUUAUUUGGUAAAGUUCCGUUCAAUGCAGAAUCAGAAUAUAAGCUUUUCAAUGUCAUUGUCAAUGAUCCAGUACAAUUCCCACCCGACAUUAAAUCAUUUAAUUCGCCUGGUUGGGUAAGUGAUGAAGAAUUUGAAUUGGCAAAAGAUUUACUUUCUAAGCUAUUGCAAAAGAAAAGCUCGGAACGUAUUUCGAUUCAAGAGAUCAAAGAACAUCCAUUUACGCUUAUGGACUUAGAUAAUAAUCUUGAAGCAUUGCAUGAAUUGUUCAAUUUAAACUCCUCAACGGCAAACAGUCCAUUAGAUUUCAAUUUGAGUGAUCAGGAUGUUGUAACCAAUGACGAAAUUGAAAAUGCAGUAAUUGGAUGUGGAACUAGGAUUAAACGAAGUUUAGUCAAAGCGAUCAAAGCCGGAGGGAUCAAAGACUCUGAAUUGAAAAGUAAAUUCCAAGCUUUGCAAAUGGAGCAUUCGAGAAGUGAAUCCAGUGACGAGUCUUCAAGUGGGUACUCGACCUUCAAUUCGAGUUAUAAACUCAACUCCAUGCAGCAGAAUAAUCACUCAGUGAUUCUAUCAGAGCAACCAAUGGUUGUGUCUUCUCCAUUGCAAUCGAAUGGAGAUGCUCAAGCAACAAAGACGAGGUCAAGAACUGAAUCAGUUACCCAUAAUCCACAUGUGCCAUCACACUUAUCCCAACAAGUUUCCAGCAAUUCAAGCUCACCUAUUUCUGCACAAAUUCCCGUUGCAUUUUCUGGUGGUGGACCUAAAGAAGGAAGUAAAAGCCUACUUCACGAACGAUUAGAAUCCCAAAGUGGAACUCCAAGUAGAAGAGGUAGUUUUGCUCGCAAAAGCUUUAUUCACGAUAUUAUUGAGUCACACAGUGGUGCAUCAAGUAGAAGAGGAAGUGCUGCUGCUAUUCCGAUAGUUGAAGCACCACAGAUUGAAACGAAACGUAACGUUGGUGGUAAUUUAUAUUUAAAGAAUCAGUCAAUUGUGGAUACUUUUAAAGGGAUACAAGAACAAGAUGAUAAAAGAAGACGGUCAAGCUUAUUCUCAAAUCAUGUUGGGUCUACAAAUAAAAAUUCCAUUUCUCAUGAUGCAGCUGCAAACCAAUCGUCAUUUGCAAACCUGGUGUAUACAUCAUCACCAUCUCAGUCGGUACAGCAACAGCAACAUUCACAACCAAUCCUGCUCCCACAGAAGGAUAAUAAUAACUCUUCAUUGGUUACCCCCAUUCCCGUACCUGCAGUUAAACCCAAUUUUGAAUUUUUCCGUAAUAAUGGCAUGAACCUGGGUGAUCUGUCAGAUCAUGAUCCUACUCAAGGAGCCACGCGUGAACUGCAUUUGUAUAAAUAUGUUGAUCAAACUGAAGGUGAAGACCCGGGAGAAGUAGAUCCUGUGGGAUCUUCAUUCAUGUCAUUACCCUUGACGGGAAGCUUCGCAUCAUUGGAUAGUAUCAAUGAUGAGAUGUUACAUUUGAAGUAUAAACCAUAUACUAUAACUGAUCCAAAUGAACAACGACCAAUUACAUCCUUGAGAAAAAGGUCUAGUUUUUCCGAUUCAAAUUUACUCAAAAAUAAUCACAAUAAUGCAUCUAAUGAAUUGAAUAACAAAUUUGAGUCGUUUAAUCUUGAAGAUCUGAUGAGAGAUCUGAAACAAAAACGAUCACAAAAGAGAUUGAGUGAUGAUAAUGGUGUUGCACCUGGCACGAAGCCGGUGAUUUCGUUGACAAGACUGUCAAGUAGUGAAUCGUAUUCGUCAUAUUCGUCAAGCAGUGGCAUUUCAGAAAAUGAUUCUGCAGCUGAAGAAGAUGAAGAAGACGAAGAGGGGGAUGAUUCAGAUGAAGAGAACUUGACACUUGCUUUCCAUUCUAAAGUGACACCAUCAAGACGUCCACCGUUUUUGUCUUUUAGUCAACGUUCGCAAUCGCAUGAUUCAAGACUUCCUUAUAUCGCCUCUCGUGGACAAGCUGCUACUACAGAUGCAGUUAUAUUCAACAGUGACUCCCAUGACUUUGAAGACGUUCCUAUGGGUUUGAUUGACUCUACUACACCAGACAAUGUGUCUAGAUCCACGGUGCAAUCUUUACUGUUCAAACAAGGGCCACCAUCUAGAGAAGAUGCCAGUAAUGGCUCAUUAUCGGUGAAGCAUCUUGAUUCAUCGACAACUCCGUCGCCCCGACCUCCACGACUGCAACCAGUAACAUCAUCAACAACCUCCCUGAAGGAUAAACGACCCCAAAUCUUGGCCCAAUUCACCGCGUCCAAACAAAAACAAGAGACAUCGACUCCCACGUCCAUCCUUCGAGAAAACAUAUUCCAUCAUCAAUUCAACAAUCAUUAUAAUAAAGCUCCGGUGUAUUCAGAAUUCCCCAACUCAAACCAUUUAGGUAAUAAUCAUCAACAAAUUAUUGAAUCAUCAGUAAAGAAGUUUAAACAAAAUCGUCCCAAAUAUUAUCGAUCAAAUUCUGUCGCGGUGGGCAUUUUGCAACAUACACUGGAUGAAUUGGUGGAUGAUAUGAUUGAACAAAGAAAGGAAAAAGCUUGA